CAAUCAUCCCCGUCUUACCCCAGACUCACCAAUCUCGUGCUGUCAUUCACCCUCUUACCAGCGAUCGUGUCCCAGCUUCACCGAGAACAAGCCAAAUGAAAGCCAAAGUCUCCAAUAACUUAGCAGUCUCACACCCAAAAUCACAUCUCAUCGUCUGAAGCGGAACACGGCCCGGACAUGUGUCACUGUGCAGGACGAAAGUCGAAGUGGGGACGGACCGGUAUCUCCGUGGCCCACGGGGACAAUGAACCGCCUGUCAAGGUGUUCCCCCCUCCACUACAGUCCAUCCCCUCCAAACCCCUCCAUUCCCCCGCCUUUUGUUGACAGUUGAGUCUAGUAACAAGGGUUGGCUUCGCUCCGACCGAUAGCGGGCAAGGAGAUGGUAAGCAAAUCAACUUGCCGAAUCGAGCUCUCAAAACAAGCCAUGGCUUCAUCAAUGGAAGUAGAAUGCUACCUCCUCUCAUCCAACCCAGACGCCCCGAAUAGCCCCCUCCCCGUAAUCCACUACAGGAACGUUCUCCCGGAACCCCGGAACGAGGAGUCGGUGACAGAGUUUCUGACCCGGAACCGGUGGGAGAAGAGGGGUACCUGGGGCCACAUCCCCAUCCGCCACUUCCACCCAAACAGCCACGAGUGCUACGGCAUCUUCAGCGGCCACUCAACCCUCCUAAUCGGCAAAAUCAACGAAGGUACAGGCCAAGAAAUCUCCGUGUCGACAGGCGACGUCAUCGUCCUCCCCGCGGGCACGGCACAUUCUUGUCUGGAGAGCUCGGAAGAUUAUCGAUAUAUCGGCGUCUAUCCCGAGGGUUGCCCAAGAUGGGUGAAUGAAAUGGGCAAAAAGCCAGCCGGCACCUUCAGCCCCGUCAUCAGAGAUGUAGGCAUGCCGGAACGGGAUCCGGUAUAUGGAGUAGACGGGCCGUUGAUGAGACUAUGGCAUCGGAACGUGCUAGCAAAGUUGUAAAAGGGCGGUGAUAGGGUUGGGAUUUAUUCAUCACGAUACACAUGAUACACAUCAC